AUGCCCACAGAGCGCAGGCGCGAAUCGCGCCACAUCCUGGGAAACGUAGUCCUGAGAGUUGGUCCGAAAUUGUUGGAAAUAGUUAACUGGCUUCAGGCUAAGGAUUAUACUUCAUUGGAAACAACAGCAAACUCUUUUCCUGUUUCCAUGGCAACAGCACAACAAAUGCGGACCUCUGAGAAACAAGUAUCUGGGUGGAAUGCAAUAUUUCCAAAUGAUGUAACAACACAACACCAAUCCCUUGUUUUCAUUAAGAGAAUGAUGGCUGUGGGAGUAUCAUGCAUUACAUAUCUACGUGGGAUAUUUCCUGAAGAUGCCUAUAGAACACGAUACUUAGAAGGCAUGUGUGUAAAGAUUCUGCGUGAGGACAGUCGUUUUCCUGGAGCAUCUAAAGUCGUAAAGUGGAUGAUGGGAUGCUUUGAUGCUUUGGAAAAAAAAUUUUUACGAACAAUAAUCCUGGGAGUUCACAGAGAUCCUGAGGAUCCAAAUAGCAUAAUUGAGUCUUACCAGUUUAAGUUCAAGUACACGGCAGAUGGACCAAAGCUGGAUAUUUUAAGCAAAAACAAGCAAGUAAGCCUUCAAGAUACAAAGAAAGCCUCCAUUUUGCUCAUCCGUAAGCUGUUUGUCUUGAUGCAAAGCCUAGAAAUUCUUCCUAAUGACGUGUCUCUGACAAUGAAACUGUUCUAUUAUGAUGAAGUGACACCUCCUGAGUACCAGCCUCCAGGGUUUAAACAAGGUGAGUGUGAUGCUGUGUGGUUUGAGGGAACUCCAGUCCAUUUUAAAGUUGGUGAUGUGCCGACUCCAUUCCAUAUGAUGAAAGUGAGGGUCACCACAGAGAAAGAAACAAUGGAACAGCUGGAGAAGGAGAACAUACUAAAUGAGGAAGUCAAAACUUCAGUACAAGGAAUGGAGGAAGUCAAAUCCACCCCGAACGACAGAGAUUCUCCAUCCUACCAAAAUAUUACAGCCCAUUCUGAACUCCAGAGGAGUGUGACUAAUGAGCAGUCAUUUAGUGAAUCAGACAAAGAGAUAAAGCAGUUGGUUGCAAAGGCAGCAGAGCUGGAUGUAUCAGGCAAAAGAUUAAAGCUUAGAAAAGUGUUGAUGCAAAAAGAUGACUUGCAGGAUAAUGGCAUAGGAUAUGAGGAACCUCAAAAGUUGAGCACUACACAGAGUAUAAAAGCUGUUCGAGCUAAAAAGACUCUCUCUGAACUUGAUCAGGUUACUUCUAAAACAUGAAAAUCUGAAGUCUGAAGACUCAUUUGUUUAUAUGUAAACAAAAAGCCUCUCAGUAAACCCAUUCAUCUCUGUACCACUUCAGCCAAUUCGGAGCCUGGGCUGUUUACGAUCUCUCUGAAAAAAAUCAAGGACACAGUUUCCUUGAGAAGAAGGACCACCUUUUACAAAAAAGACCAGCUUUGUGACAAUAGUGAACAAUUACACUGUAUAAUUUUGACUAGAAGCUUCCAGUGUAAUCUACACUGUGCUGAUCAAUCUCAGCAAGGCAAGCCAUGUUGUAUUGUAAUUUGUGUCAGCACUUUGUGCUAGGAAUGUAAAUGUCACCUCC